AUGGCUACCCCCAGUGUCCUUACCUUUGAUGCUGAGGGUCGUGCUGUUGACUUCGAGGUCUGGGUCGAUGACCUACAGCUCUUCCUACAGUGCGUUAGGGCAGACGGACUCUCCCUGUUCGAUCUCACCUCUGGUGCCUCUCCUGCCCCGCCUGCUGAUGCUGACAGCACUGUUCGCUCACAGUGGGCGACACGCGAUGCUGCUGCCCGUCUUGCUGUGCGUCGCCACUUACCGACCGCUGAGCGUGCACACUUUAGUCAGUACAAGAGUGCUAGGACCUUGUACGACGCUGUAGUUGCACGCUACUCUUCCCUUGCCACUGCUGCCCUUAGCCGCCUCAUGCUGCCGUACCUGUUCCCUGACCUCGCCGCCUUUCCCACACUCGCUGACCUCAUUACGCACCUUUGCACUAGUGACACCCGCUACCGCGCUGCGCUUCCUACUGAGUUCUGUGCCAAGAACCCUCCCCCCAUGUAUAUCACCCUCUACUACAUAGUCACCCGGCUCCCUCACUCCCUUCGCUUAGUCAGGGACCACUUCCUCUCAGUUUGCCCCACCACACUUACCGUUGACCUCCUCGAGCAGCGCCUCCUGGCAGCAGAGAAGAGCAUAGUCGCUGUAGGAGCCUCUCAUGGUGACCCUCGUACCCCCGUCUUUGAGGGGUAUUCCCCCUCCCCCCUCUUGCCCUCUGUUGCUUCUGCUGCUGCGGCCGACCUCGUUGGUUUCGAGUCGGGGCUGGCGGGGGCGGAAGAGGUGGCGGUGGAGGAAGUGGAGGGGGUGGGGGUGGUGGUGGGAGUGGUGGCGGGGGUGGAGAUGUCGGUGGCACCAGUGGAGGCGGUGGAGGCGGCGGCGGUGGCGGUGGGAGCGGAGGCGGCGGAGGUGGCAGCGGCGGCAGCGCUGGAGCUGGUCGCGGCUCUGCGCAGAGGAGUAGCUCCGGUGGUGGUCCGCGCCAGCUGCAGCAGCGCACUCGUGAGACCCCGUCCCCCAAGCAGCUUCGUGAGUGGUACGCUGGGCGUUAGCGAGGUGGGGGUACUGGUCCCUGUACCUACGUCCUCUGUACCGGCGACUUCGCUGGUGAGCAGUGCGGGGGCUCGCACUCCACCCAGCGCUGCUUCGGCCGCCUGA